CGACCGUCAGUGUUGUAGUGAUCGUAACAUGUGAGAAGUUUAAUGUUGGGAAUAUAGGCUCUACUAGAGAACAGCUAUUGUAAACUGUCAGAGGCGCCAUGCACGAAAGAUCGCUGCCUGCCUCUCCCAACUGGUACUGCUCGCGCUGUAGUGACAUCAACAGCAGAGGUUUACUGGGCAUCGGAGCCAAAAACACAAUUUAUCUGAUUGAUGUGUCUGCAUCCGUGUGCAAGGUCGUAGGUGAGCUAGCUGGCCAUAAAGACUUGGUGUCAGGCUUUUCAUUUUGUCAGCAUGCAGGGCAGAGUCACAUCUGUGCCAGCUCGUCCAGUGAUGGAAGUAUUCGCUUCUGGGACUCAGACAACAAGUCUCUUAUAAGGGAGCAUGCAACUCAUCGGAGCCCCGUCUCAGCAGUGCACUGGUCCCCGGUGGAUAAAAACCUUGUGGUGUCGGGGGAUGAGAAGGGCAUCGUGGUAUGUCAGUGGUACCACACAGGGGACACUGCCAGCUUCUUUCCUGAGCCCAGGACCAUCUUCUGCCUGACCUGCUCCCCUCACACCUGGAACUCUGUGGCUAUUGGGUACAAAGAUGGGAUGAUCAUAUUGAUUGAUGUGAGUAAAAAAGGCGAGGUGAUGCACCGUCUCCGUGGACAUGACGAUGAGAUCCACUCGCUAGUGUGGUCGCCGCUGGCCAGAGAGGAUGCCCUCUGCAGCAGACCUGAGGACGGGGAAGCAUCUAAUGGAGUGUCUACAGUGGGAGAGAAGGGCUGCUAUCUUGCCUCCGGUAGCAAAGACCAGACCGUGAGGAUCUGGAGCACAGUGAAGGGCAAAAGUGUUAUGACUCUGAAGCUGCCGUAUCUGAAGAAAAGAAGCUCCGCAGCUGAUCCUGGGGUCAAAGAAAGACUCUGGCUCAGCGUCCUUUGGCCACAGGGACGACCAACACAGCUUGUGUCCAGCUGUUUCAGUGGUGAGUUGGUGAUGUGGGACUUGGCCAGGUCAGGGAAGCAGAGGUGGAGUCUGUUCGGGGCUUCUUCAGAAGGUCAGAACCACAGCAGGAUCGUCUUCAACAUGAGUUCAGUUCACCUGCAGGACGACAGAGAGCUGCUCAUCAGCACCUCCAUGGACAGAGAGAUUAAAUGCUGGGACCUGGCGUCUCUGGACUGCUGCUGGACUCUGCCCACCCUGGGAGGUUUUGUCUACGCCCUGACCUUCUCCCCUGUUGGUUCAGGGUGUCUGGCGCUGGGUGUCGGUGACAACAUGAUCCGGGUGUGGAACACACUGACCACCCAGAACCACUAUGACACCAGGUCCUUCUGGCAAGGCAUCAAGUCCAAGGUCACAGCGCUGGCGUGGCACCCGAAGAAGGAAGGGUCUUUGUCUUUUGGAACAGAUGAUGGUAAAGUUGGAAUCUACAAUGUCUUCUCAAACAAGCCUCCGCAGAUAUCAAGCUCCUAUCACCGAAAAACAGUGUACACGUUGGCCUGGGGACCCCCUGUCCCCCCGAUGUCAUUUGUAGAAGGGAAGCCGUCGUAUAGCCUGUACAGCUGUGCCGGAGAAGGCAUCAUCCUGCAGCACGAUCCAUCUAAGCUGAGCGGCGAGGCGUCGGACAUCGACAAGCUGAUCAGAGAUACCAACAACAUCAAGCACAAGCUGUCUCCACACACUGACCUCAGUUGGAAGCCAGAUGGGAAAGUGGUUGCCAUCGGCAACGAGGAUGGGUGUAUUGAUGUGUAUCAGGCUCCCAGUCUGAAGCUGCUGUGCAGCAUUCAGCAGCACCACAAGAUCAUCAAUGUGCUACUGUGGCACCCUGACCACAACUCUCCACCUGAGCUACACUGCCUCCUGGCCUCGGGCUCCAGCAAUGCUACUGUCUUUGUGCAUGACCUCCACGCCAUCAUAGAGAGUCCUCCAGAAAGCCCUGUGGUGUUGACAGAGCCGUUUCGCAGGCUGUGUGGUCAUACAGCUAAAAUCACUAGCAUGGCCUGGAGUCCGCACCACAAAGCCCGGCUGGUCACUGUCUCGUAUGACGGCACAGCCCAGGUGUGGGAUGUGCUGCAGGAGGCGGCUGUCUCUAACUACCGGGGUCAUGUUGGUUAUCUGUUGUGCGUGGACUGGUCACCUGUCGAUCCGGAUGUGAUCUGGACUGGAGGGAAGGACUUCACUGUGCAGGAGUGGUGCGUCUCCAAACAGGAGUUUACAAAACCACCUAAAGGGAAGAAGAUGGUCGAGCUGAAGGAGAAGAUGAAGGCCAAUCCUAAGCAGAAGAGGAAGAACAAAAAAAUGUCAGGGGGCGGAGGGGCUGCACUGUCAGAGAUGAAUGGAGAGUCAGUCACAGGAGAAGAGAAGGGUGUGACGGGACAGGAGCUGUCUGGUGAAGAUGAGGAAGAAGUCAGCUCAGCGAGCAGUUCUGUACUUCCACCAGCUACUUCUGAGAUGCAAAGAAAAUUCUCUGCUGCUGCUAAGAGCAAAGACAAACCAGACGCAAACCUGCUAAAGAAGAAGAAGCCUCGCUCCAUGCUGCCCAUCAGCACAUCCAUGGACCAUCGGCCUAAAGAUGAGCUUCUGCAGGACUGCAUCACUUUGGCCUCUGUCAAGCACAACAAUGUGCCCCCUGCAGGGUGUGUCCUCAGCCAGGGAGAGCACAUCCAUCUGGGCCUCUUUUCUGACAGGGAGGCUCUGCUCCACAUGUUUGAGGCAGAAGUGGAGGGUCACGUGGAAGCGGGUCACUACGACUCUGUUGUGUACCUGCGGCUGUGGGCUGGAGACCUGGAGGGGGCGCUGCAGCUGGCCACAGAGAAAGGAGAGCUGAAUGACCACCUGCUCUCCAUCGCUCCUAUGGCGGGCUUCAAAGUGUGGAGCCAGACAGUGGAGGCCUUCGUCAAGCAGCUGUGUCUGCAGGAGCAGUACCUGAAGGCAGCGUCCCACCUGCUGUCACUCAACAAGCUGUAUGAGGCCGUGGACCUGCUGCACUCUCACAAGCACUACAGGGAGGCCAUAGCUUUGGUCAAAGCCAGGCUGCCAGCGGACGACCCCGUCCUAAAGGAGCUGUACACCUGCUGGGCUGCUGUGCUGGAGAAGGACGGCCAUUUCUCCGCUGCUGCUAAAUGUUACCUGGCUGCUGGCGCAGGUUUCGAUGCAGCCAAAGUAAUCGCCAGGAAGCACGACAUCUCCUCACUGAAGACGGCGGCCAGUGUGGCAAGAAUCUCAGGGGAGGUCGCGCUGGCUCGGUCGCUGGCGCUGAGAUGCGCUAAAGACCUGGCUGGUGCUCAGGACUGGGUUGGAUCCCAGGAAAUCCUGAGCUCACAGGAGAACCUGUUGGUCCACAGGCUGCAUCUCUGUGUUGCUGAGCUGCUGACUGUGAUGCUGGCAGACUCCAAAGUUGUAUCUCAGGCCUGUGUCUCCAGUCACCCAUGGGCGUCCACAGGCGAGCAUCACAUCAGAAUGCAGGACCGAGUGCGAGACGUGUGGGAGGUGCACUUUGGUGUUUCACAAAAGUCAGCAGGACAUCGCGAUGCUGGAACUCUUCUGCAGGAACUGAGGUCUAUGGAGAGUCCACCACCCACCGCCAGUGUUCCCCUCGGACAGGUCCUGCUCUCUUCAUCUCUCCAUCUGACUCGCGCUGUGUUGAGCUGGUUAUUGGAUGAUGAUGGACAGCUGAUACAGGAGUUGUGGCAGGCGGUGGCUUGUCUCCGUGACACCGGGCAUUUUUGUGCCUCUGCAGAACUCUGCAGGCUGCUCUUCCCUGAUGGUGACGUCAGUAUUUGUUCCAGGAAACACUCCAAAACACUUCAUCACACAGAAGACAAGGCCAAGGCUGCGGCUAACAGCCUCCAGGCCUUUGUCCAUUACCACCGCCUGUAUGAACGCUGGUGGAGCAACUCGGCUGACAACCAGGACAUCCAGAAUGGACUCUCGCUCUCAGCAGAUGAAACCUGUCCUCCAGACAAGGGGAGUGAUACAGUUAACAGAGCUCCAUCAGAGUCAGAGGAGAACAUAAUGCCACUGACCAGCAGGUUGGAUAAACUGGACUUUGAUGUUUUGCUGCUUCUGUCUGAGCCUCAUGCUGCAUAUCAGUCUACCCAGAGGUCAGUUGGAGAGAUCCAGGAGCAGCUGGCCGCCAUGGUGCUGCAGCACAACCGAGCACACGGGGGGCAGCUUGAUACUGGGGAGAAAGAGGAAGAUGAACACACACAAAUAUCUUCCACAGGAGAGUCAUCAGCCACACAGAGGUCCACUGAGGUUGAGCAACGCACGGAUGACCAGGAGACUCUCCCGUCUUUGUCCACCAGGAUGUCAGAGUACCAGAAACAGCUGGCUGACCUGCCAGACACAGUCAAGAUGUAUCCUCAUCCAGAUGUUGCUGAAUGUUGCCUGGUUCUACUGCACUUCAAGUCUUCAUCUGUCUCAGAGUCUGUGCAACACAAGGCCAAAGAUCUGCUUCAUAAAUAUGGAACCAGUCCGUGUGUCCUGAAAGCCUCUCAGCGAUUCUUAACCUGACUCUGUCACCACUAGACUGUAGGGAGCACUUCAACUGCACAGCUGUUUGUUGAAUAAAAGAAAUCUUCAGUUACUAUAUGAUG